AUGGGCCGUGGAAAACUGAUUCUGAUCGAGGGCCUUGACCGGACGGGGAAAAGUACGCAGGCGGGUAAGCUCACUGAGCGCCUCGGUCCUGACUCUCAAUUGAUCAAGUUCCCAGAUAGAUCUACUAAAAUUGGGGGUUUGAUUAACCAGUACCUGACAGACCCAUCAUUCCUUCUACCAGAUCAAGCCAUCCACCUCCUGUUUUCAGCCAACAGAUGGGAGGUUGCCGAAGAGAUAAAGGCGCUGCUGCUUGAAGGCCGCAACGUGGUUCUUGACCGCUACGUUUAUUCUGGUGUCGCGUACUCGGCGGCCAAGGGAGUUCCGGGGAUGGAUUUGCGUUGGUGCUUGCAAUCAGACGUGGGACUUCUCAAGCCCGACCUGACACUUUUCCUCACAAAUCAAGGCAGCGAGCUGCGACAAGGGUUUGGCGACGAGCGUUACGAGAACUCGGCGUUCCAACAAAAGGUGCGUGAACAGUUUUCCACCUUUUUCAACGACUUCGAGGAUCCAGACUACAGUCAGGCACAUAUCAAGGUUCUUGAGACCUCAGGCAAGUCCAUCGAGCAGGUCCAUGACAUGGUGUGGUCCACAACUAGCGCAUUCAUGCAGGAAUAUGCAGAUAUCCAGGAUUUUAUGUAUUUCUAA